AUGAGAUUCUCACACUUUCUCAAAUACAACGCUGUCCCUGAAUGGCAGAAUCAUUACCUAGAUUAUAACGAAUUGAAAAAUCUGAUCUACACAUUGCAGACAGAUGAAUUGAAGCAAGAAACGCCAAGUAAAGAUUUGAAUGAUGACGCUGACUCUCAGACACCCCGUCCAAUUGACGAUAUUGAAAGUAACGUAGCUACAGGAGAGCCAUCUUCAUCCAAAAGAAGAUUUACACACAAGCUCAAGCGUAAACUCUUUGGUUCUAAAACAUCAUCAGGUAAUAAAAAGGGGGAAGAAGACGAAAAGGCCAUAGACGGCAGCAAUAUCAAUGAGGAAACAAUUGAGCUAGACGAGUUAUCUCCUCAGGGGAAAACCACCUCUUUUAAUAAGAAUUUUAUAAGUAAAAAAUUCUUUGAGUCACGCAGUUCCUCUGUGAGCAGCGAAGGAAAGACGCUGUUCAGUUCUUACGAUACAUUCGUAACCAACCUGAGCGACGAGAAAUUAAAAGUGGAUGAUUUCUACAAAAGAAUGGAAGCUAAAUUCUACGAAAGAUUUGACCAUCUCAUAAAUGAUUUGGAGAAAGAAGGCAUUGUCACAAGAUUGAAUGAGGCUUUUGACCCUGAAAUCCAAGCAUUGCCUCCUUUAAGAGAAAUUGUUUCUGGAACAUCAGAAAUGCAGUCAUCCAAUAACCCAUUUGAAAUGCACUCUUCCAACAUCGACAGUGAAUUAAGAAACAGGUUUGAUUAUAGUGAAGAGGAAAUGGAUGAGGAUGAUGACGUCGAUGUGUUUGCAGACACUACUGACAAUACCGCGCUCUUGAAUUAUUCACAAUUUAACAUCAAAUCUCAGAAAAAGUCUUUGUUAAAACAAACAAUAAUAAAUCUUUACAUAGAUCUUUGCCAGUUGAAAUCCUUUAUCGAAUUGAACAGAAUGGGCUUCAGUAAAAUUACCAAGAAGUCCGAUAAAGUCUUACAUAUGAAUACUAGGCAAGAACUAAUAGAAAGUGAAGAAUUCUUCAAAGACACAUACAUCUUCCAGCAUGACACUUUAAGCACUUUAAACAACAAAAUUGCACAACUUAUUGAAUUUUAUGCUGUUUUGAUGGGUCAGCCUGGGAAUGUGGAUUCGUGCAAGCAGGAGCUAAAAUCGUACCUGCAUGAUCACAUCGUGUGGGAAAGAAGCAACACAUGGAAGGACAUGUUGGGCCUCUCUUCACAAAAUAACGAUAUAAUAACUAUUGAAGAUGAAGCUGAGAAACUUAUGCAAGAAAAACUUCAAAUUGAAUAUUUCAGAUAUCCAUUGCCCAAACCAAUUAAUUUGAAAUUUACUACAAUUGAAAAUUUAGCGGUUCCUAAGCUAUUUUUUGGUAAAAGAGCAAUGAAAAUAGGCUUUAUUAUCAUCAUUACAGGUGUUUUGUUGGGUGUUAAAACCUUUAAUGACCCCGUAGAACACCGCUGUAUGGCAUUGGUAGAAUGCUGUGCUUUCUUGUGGGCUAGUGAAGCUAUCCCAUUACACAUCACAGGUUUAUUGGUUCCCCUUCUAACUGUCCUUUUCAGAGUACUAAAAGAUGAUGAUGGUAAGGUAAUGGGAGCGGCAGCAGCUUCCUCGGAAAUUUUAGGUACAAUGUGGUCAUCAACAAUUAUGAUUUUAUUAGCAGGUUUUACAUUGGGUGAAGCGUUGUCGCAAUACAAUGUUGCGAAAGUUUUGGCAUCCUGGUUAUUAGCCCUUGCAGGAACCAAACCGAGAAAUGUUCUCUUAAUGGCAAUGAGUGUCGUAUUCUUUCUUUCAAUGUGGAUUUCCAACGUUGCCUCUCCCGUGUUAACGUACUCUUUAUUAACACCCUUACUAGACCCAUUAGACUACACUUCACCAUUUGCUAAGGCGUUAGUCAUGGGUGUGGCACUUUCUGCAGAUAUUGGUGGUAUGGCCUCACCGAUUUCUUCACCACAAAAUAUCAUCUCCAUGCAGUACUUAAAACCUUAUGGUAUCGGUUGGGGACAAUUUUUUGCUGUUGCCCUGCCUACAGGUAUUCUAUCGAUGCUAUGUGCCUGGGCCUUAAUGAUACUCACCUUCAAAAUAGGGAAGACUAAACUGGAAAAAUUCAAACCAAUAAGAACGAGAUUUACCAUAAAGCAAUAUUUUAUUAUUAUUGUAACUAUUGCUACCAUUCUUCUAUGGUGUGUAGAGUCACAAAUAGAAAGUGCCUUUGGAUCAUCUGGUGAAAUUGCAGUUAUACCUAUAGUCUUGUUCUUUGGUACGGGUCUUCUAUCUACAAAAGAUUUCAACACAUUCCCUUGGUCAAUUGUCGUUCUUGCUAUGGGUGGUAUUGCCCUUGGUAAGGCAGUUUCAUCAUCAGGUUUAUUAGUAACUAUUGCAAGAGCUUUGCAGAAGAAAAUUCAGAAUGAUGGUGUUUUCGCUAUCUUAUGUAUUUUCGGUAUUUUAAUGUUGGUUGUGGGUACUUUUGUCUCGCAUACAGUGUCAGCAAUCAUCAUUAUUCCCUUAGUGCAGGAAGUCGGAGACAAAUUAUCUGACCCAAAGGCAGCCCCAAUUCUUGUGUUUGGUUGCGCCUUGUUAGCGUCAUGCGGUAUGGGGUUGGCCUCGUCCGGAUUUCCCAAUGUUACUGCUAUUUCUAUGACAGAUAAAAAGGGUAAUAGAUGGUUAACUGUGGGUGCUUUUAUUUCCAGAGGUGUUCCCGCUUCGUUGUUAGCGUUUGUUUGUGUGAUUACUCUCGGUUAUGGUAUCAGUUCUUCCGUUUUGAAAGGUAGCACCUAA